CAAGAGUCAUAGUGUCCACCAGGAAGUGAAAAGGUUUACAAUCUUUGAUUUUGUAAAAAAAAAAAUAGGUAUACCAGUUUGUUUUGGAUUAUGACUAGCACGUCAUAACCCGAGCAUACAUCGUUGUUGAUUUGCCCUUCUCAACAUGUAUAGCGGACUUUUACCGAAAGGUCUGACCGAUGCAGAAAUUAGUUCAGAUGAUGAAGACGACCAAGGUGUUGCAAAUCAAGAAAUAGCCGCAGCUAACGUUCAACGUCCUGCAGUUGGACUUUCGCGUGGUCUUAAGCAAAAUUGUGUUACACUUGGAGACACAAGUUAUUCUUGUAUCCGGCCCUUCAUAGAAAAUUACCUAUGUUUGGACUCCUUACCCGGGAUUUCCGAGGAGAAUUGGCAAGAAUGUGAAGUGUUGCCCCACCUUUCAAAAAAAUGUAAAGAGCAACAGAAGAAAAAAUGUGAGAUCAACACAAUGAAGCUCCCCCAAAAAAGACAGCAGAGAAAAGGACGAUAUAAGAAAGAUGAAAAAUCAGCAACUAAGAACAUGGUAUCAAACAAUGAAAGCAGAGAACCUCAAGCGGAGCAUGAAAGGCAUUGGGAUGGGCUUACGCAGUACUUUGGCAUCAAUGAUAGAUUUCAACCCCCUGCCUGUAGCAAGCCUGCUCCCAAGUCCAGCCUAGAAAAGAGCAUAGAGAGCGCCAUCGCUGAAGGGGACUUUGGGAAGGCGGAGGAGAUGAGCGACAGACUCGCCACUCGAGAGCUUGCCAGGAACAUGAAGGAUGGGCUUGACAGCAGUCUGGCAGCCAUAGCUCACUAUGUAUCUGUGUUUACCUCAUGCUCAGAACAGUGAAUUGACUGAAGUUUUCAAGAAAUUCUCACAUACAACAAAAUUGGUGCUGUCAUUGCAUCAUGGUCAGGGUGAGACAAAACGGGAAUCGGAGGCACUCAUGAGAAGCCACCCUGACAUAUCAGUUGGAAGAGCUCUGCUUGCCAGAGAGACUGAUUUACAUCAUCUAAUGGGUCUUCUCUUUCAAUAGCUGGCUGUGAAAAUCGCGCAAGCCACCGAUUGCCGUGACUUUGUGCAAAGCAAACAGGAAGUGGAGGCUUCGCGGGCAGCCCAGAAAAGGAAGAAACAAAUUGCUUGGGGGUUUGUCUUUUUACUCUCCUCCCCACAAUUAUCUCCCUAAUUUACAUUAAAUCGCAGUUUGUUAGCGACAUUUGUUAUGCGUAUUUGGCUAGCUUGCCAGAUUCUUUCUUACUUAUUACAUGCACAGGUAUAAAUACAUGCUAGGGUUUGACUAUACCGAGAAAGUGUGUACUGUAGCCAUCAAUUAACAUUAGACGGGCACUUUUGAACUGUCACAGUGGAUGUCAUGGUAAGAAUAUGUGUAUAAUGUGUUAUGCUAAUGUCUAUGAACAAGCUCUCAAGAACAUGGAAAUAUGUUUCAUUCAGAUUCAUUUUUGUCGUUAUAAUUUAUAAGUUUUGCUAAAUCAGUAUUUUAACAUCGAUUCAGGUUUGAAGCCAAGCAAAGAUGGGAAACCAAAAGCAACAUGGGCUAUAUGUGACUUUGUCUUCACUGAAGAGAAAGAAAAUGAAGAUAUGUGUAUUUUCUUAGUUAAUUUAAUGACGUUUGUGUUAACAUUUUUGCUCAUGCAUAUUAUUUUUUCUUCACGUUCGUACCAUUAUGUUUGUGAAAUUGUCAAGAUACUGUACACAACUAACAAUAAAACAUCUCAUCUGUAAAAAAAAAAUUGAAUUUAUGGAAUGUUCAAAUAAAUUCUGAGCACUCCAUGGUGGCAGCUUUAUGUGCUGUUUUCCAUUACAUUUCUCAGAUUUUUUU